GGGCGCACACACACAAAAAAAAUAAAAAAUAAAUCAAAGUCCAAGUAGCCGCACCGGCGCCUCUGCUGAACUCAACCAGUCCGCGACCCCGACGAAGAGCGCCGCCGCUUCCUGGCCGGAAGCAACGCCCGCGAUCUGCCCGAAGAGGUCGAAGUCCUGGGCCGUGUAACAGCACGGCCGCCAAAUCAGUUCCCCCGCGCAAAACCAGUUCGCCGGAGCUAAUGGCGACGCCGGCGGGUUCCCACCCCGCCUCGCCGCCGGCGAUACCCGGGAAGGCUGCGGUGGCAGCGUGCGCCGCCAUGGCCGUUUCCUACGUCGCCGUCCUCUACGCCCCCACGCUCCUCCUCCGCCUCCCGCCCGCCACCUCGCUCCGCGCCUUCUUCCACCGCCGCUUCGUGUGCGCGGCCGUGUCCUCCGCCGCCUCCGUCCUCGCCACCGCGGCGCUCCUAGGCGUAUGGAGCUUGAGCGACUCGUCUAAGGCGCUCGCGGUGUUCGGCAUUCGUAGUGAUCACUUGCUCGAGGCAGUAGUGGUUCCACUUCUCCUUACAUCCCUAGUGUAUGCUGGGUCAUUUGUCGCAAGACUCUGGGCCAUGUCAAGCUCGUGUGGCACGGAUGAUGAUGGGGUGGGAGUCAGCUGCACCGAGAAGCUUGCUCGCUGGAUGCAAACCUCCUUACAGGAUGUAAUGGUGUGGCGGAACUACGUAGUGGCACCGUUUACGGAGGAGCUGGUUUUCAGGGCGUGCAUGAUACCUCUUCUUCUGUGUGGAGGAUUCAAAAUGUAUAACAUUAUAUUUCUGAGUCCAAUCUUCUUCAGCCUAGCACACCUAAACCACUUGUUUGAACUUCACCAACAAGGAUGCAACUUUAUGAGAUCUCUCCUGAUUGUUGGUGUCCAAUUAGGCUACACUGUAAUUUUCGGGUGGUAUGCUGCAUUUUUGUUCAUCCGAACAGGGAAUCUUGUGUCUCCUAUUGUUGCUCACAUAUUGUGUAACAUGAUGGGUUUGCCUGUGUUCUCAUCACAGCGAACAAGAGGACUGACAUCGCUAGCGUUUCUGGCCGGUUCAGUAUCCUUCUUUUGUCUUCUUUUCCCUGCUACAAGUCCAAAACUGUACAAUGCGAGGUUAGACGGAUGCAGUUGCUGGCAUGGUUACUGCAGAUGGAGUUAGCACAGGAACUGAGCGUGGGGAACAAUGCUGCAUCCGUUUCUGUGGCUGAGCGUGGGGAACCGAGUGUAUUUGGAUCACCCCACACAAUCCCAACUUAUACAAGGCCCUGUUCUGGAUCACUUCUGCCAUUGUUGUAAAAUACAUUCUUGUAGCUAGCUUGCCCUUCUCUUGCAGUUCAGCAAUUGUUCGCCAAGGAUCAGAAGGCUGUCAAUUUUUGUUUUGAAAGACUUGUCCAAAGCCGGCAUCGUAUGGCUCUUCAAACUAAUCAUGUCAAUUUCUUUAGGGAACUAAUCAUGUCAAAUUGGUUUAGCUUUGAAGAUUCUGCUUUAA